AUGGUUGAAAGCACAGAAGAGAGGGAGCUUUCACUUGUAUCCAAGUUGGAACUACGUGUUGCUCUUGCAGACUCAGAUUCAAAACUACAAUCUCUUCUUCAUACAUACCUUGCACCAUUACUACUGAAACUUGCAUCUGAGAAUGCCUCUGUCCGAAACAAGGUUGUGUCUCUAUGCCAGCACAUAAAUACCAGGGUUCAAUCUCAGUCCAUCGCUCUUCCGGCUGAGGCCUUACUGAAGCAAUUCAAGGAGACCGAUAAUUCCCUUGUCAGACACUUCGAUCUGAUCUACAUCCGACAUGGACUUAAUCGAAUGGGCCCUACAAGUCUAACUCUUUUACCGUCAUUGCUUCAUGGAAUAUCCCAGUUCAAUGGUUCUGAAGCUCAAGCUUCUAUUCUGUUUAACUUGAUACUGAAGCUACUACCCCUUAUAAAGCUACCACCUAAGGGAAGCAGUGAUGAUUUAGACUUAGGAAAAAGCAUGAAGCUUCUCCCGGGAGACAGCACAUAUCUCUCAUCCUGGUUUGGAAAAUUACUUCUUCUGACACCCACAAUAGAGGCUUGCCCAGGCUUAUCUAUAGCAGAAACAAGAUUUUUAAGUCGUCAGUCUUCAGAUGGUCUAACUUGGGAUCCAACAGCUCCCGGGGGCUUAAAUAUCCUAGACACAAAAGUGGCCGCUUUAAAAUUUCUAAGCAGCGGUGUUUUCGAUGACUCUGACCGGUUCAUUCCUGCAUUGAUUGCAACUGCGGAUCCCAAUGCACGAGUCUCGGACAUUGGAGAUGACAUACUGAAACGAUUUCGCCCAGAUUUGGAGUCUGAUCAUGUAGUUGAUCUGCUAUACUCCCUUUAUCUAGGCUCGACAGAGGCUGGCGGUGCUUUACCUGCCCGCCCUGCAUUGAAAAUGAAAAUUCUUCACUUUCUGAGUAAAUCGGUUCAGGCAACUACCAAAACCCAGCAUAUCAUUCGAAUCCUUAAUGAUGCCCUUACCUCCGACAGUUUUGGUGGAGCCAGAGGGCUAGAAGUCUCCAAACUACGACAACAAAUAUUUUCUUUUGUCACCUGGUUGACGAGGAUGGGGGCACCUUCAGACUUAAAUUUGGUUGCGCCAAACAUAAUCAAAGCCCUGAGGGAAAUGGUCGAGGGUCAAGGCUGGCCAACCACCAGCCAGCCAUUAAAACCAGCCGAAUUUAGCUCUAGGAGCCUCGCUUAUGAGUCUAUAGGGCUGCUUGCCCCGAAGAUCGAUCCAUCUCUAACUAGAGAAAACGAAAACCCUAUUGAUAUUGACUUGCUAGAGUGGAUGUUUACUUCCCUAGGCUGUGACACCUCUGGCCCUCAGAUUUUUGUCAGCAUCGAUGAGGCCCUUGGUGGAGUUCUUAACUCUAUAACCAAAAACUUGGAUCAGAACUCAAUAGAUCAGAUUCGCCCUAUUUUAACUAGGUUUGCCACUAUUGAACCCGGAUCUAGAGAUGAAAAAACCGGGUUCAACAUUGUGAGGAGCACACGGUUUGCUGCUGUCCGUUUUUCCAACCGUUGUAUGCCAUACAAUGACAUUUGUGGCAGAUCUAUUGAUCUACUGGCCAUUGCUGGCGGGCAAGAUGGCGGACUUGAAAUUGCAGAAGAGGGGGGGAAAGGACUCGAUCCUUACUGGUAUCGCAUGUUAAAUCCAUGUGAUAACAUAGCAGCUCCAGUCACUGAGGGUAGACGAUAUGUCUUUCCGCGAUUCAAGGAAUUAGCGAAGUAUCUGUUUGAGGAAGAUAAUGAAGAAAAUGAUGUUCUCCGACAAGCUCUUUGGUCAAUCUUCACUUCUGAGAAGUACACCAUUGUUUACGAAACUGCUAUCACAUAUCUUCGAAAUUUACUGCUUUGUGAAGCUCUAGUGAAUACCGAUGCGAUUCAGGACAUAGAGCACAAUUGGGAGCAGCGUCUCGACAAUGUUCUUUCGAACGACGAGGAUGCUCGAGCUUCCAUUAAGGUAUAUCUUGCCGAAUGUGAUGAUGUUCUUCCAUUGCUCCUGAAUGCUUGCCUAAAGGGGCUGUUCUUAAACUCUGGGCAAUCCGCUGGCCGGUCAGCCACUCAUUUCAUUGAAAUUGCCUCUCUCACCUCCAACAAACUCCUUCAACCUCUAGUGAAACACAGUCAGGCCCUAAUCGACACCUUACUCAAGGGAGCAUCUCCUCAACAAGAAACGGCUGCUCAAGCCUUCGGCAUCUUGAUAAGCCACCCCAGCUGUCCUCAGGCACAUAGGGGUCAAGCAUGGGAGGCUUUGUCCCCCCAUGCUACUAGUUGGCAGACCGCUAUCGGUACUGCAGUAUACAAGACUCGUGGAGCCCUACUAGGCCAAGCAUACAUGCUCUCCCGGCUACGAAUUCGCGGCGCUCAGCUUCAAGAGCUGCAUGAAAAAUCACAAAAGUGCUUAGAUACAGCACUCGAUAUAUUGAAAGGCUCCCGAGAUUCUGCACUUAGGAAAGCAGCUUAUGAUAUCAUUGGACAGCUCAGCCUUUCAUCUGCCAUUACUCUAGAUAACAUCCAGGGUGAUAAGUGGGAGGCGAUUAUCGAAUCUAUCUCCACCGAUGCUAAAAAGCACAGUGAACCAGCGAUAACUGCUCUUGGACGCUUGUCUCUAAUUAUCCCAAAAGACGAUACCGGAUCUACCAAGGUAGACCAGCUGCUCAGUUUGCUUCAUUCUCUACACGAAGUGAAAGUGAUAGAAGUACAGUUCGCCAUCGGCGAAGCCCUUAGUAUAGUGGCAGAAGGCUGGAAAUCGACUUCCCUAACAUCCUCUCUAGAUGUAGAUGUCGAGAAGCCUUCUUCGAACAUUCCCUCCCACGUGCUCUCUAAGAUCCUUGAAAAGGUCAUGGAGGAUUGUAAAGCAUCCAAACCGUCAUUGAGAAAAGCGUCAGUCAUAUGGCUUCUCUGCCUUAUACAAUAUUGUGGUCGAAAUGAGGAAAUCCAGUCCCGCCUCUGGAAAUGCCAGCAAACGUUUAUCUGGCUGCUUUCUGAUAAGGAUGAAACCGUUCAAGAGUCGUCUUCAAGAGGCUUAUCACUGGUGUACGAACUGGGAAGCCAAAACCUCAAAGAUGACUUAGUUCGUGAUCUUGUGCGAUCUUUCACCGCUGACAGCUCUAACAUGGGGGGUGGGAAGAUAUCUGAAGAAACGGAAUUGUUUGAGCCGGGAGCCCUACCCACUGGUGACGGUUCAAUUACCACCUAUAAAGACAUUGUGGGCCUUGCAUUUGAAGUCGGCGAUCCGAGCCUGGUCUAUCGCUUCAUGUCACUAGCUUCUAAUAGCGCUAUAUGGUCGAGUCGUGCCGCCUUCGGCCGUUUUGGUCUCAGCAAUGUGCUGUCCGACUCCAGUGAAAACGGAUAUCUUUCUCAAAACCCAAAGCUAUACCCAAAAUUAUAUAGAUACAGAUUUGAUCCGAAUCCCAAUGUACAAAGGUCAAUGAAUGAUAUAUGGAAUGCCCUCGUUAAAGAUCCAAAUGCAGUCAUUGACGCCAACUUUGACGCAAUUAUGGAAGAUCUCCUACGAAGUGUCGUGGAUGGGAAACAAUGGCGGGUGAGGCAGGCUGCCUGUGCCGGUAUUGCCUCCUUACUUCAGGGUUGCCAAAUCGAAAAGUAUGAUAAGUUCUUGAGCGAAAUCCUCACAAAAUCGUUCAAAGUUCUUGAUGAUAUCAAGUCAACCGUACGGCAGGCGGCAAUGUCAUUAUGUCAAACCCUUAGUGAGAUUGUUUUACGUGCCAUGGAGAGUGGUGACACCUCGUCAAAACUCAUGCUAAAGCAUAUUAUCCCAUUCCUGCUUGGACGUGAAGGUAUUGAGUCCAGCGUCGAAGGGGUCCAGAAAUAUUCAAUCAUGACCAUCACGAAGAUCGUCAAGAAAGCGCCAGGACCAUUGAUUAGGCCUUUUGCAGCUCUUAUUUUGGAGCGACUUCUCACAUCGCUCACAUCAAUAGAGCCCCAGGCCGUUAAUUAUGUCCACCUGAAUGCUGAUAAAUAUGGAUUAACGGGCCAGGCUAUUGACAAAAUGAGGUUAACGGCUAUCCGGAGCUCACCCAUGAUGGAAUGUAUCGAGCUUCAUCUCCUCGAUUCCCUUGACGAUGAGAGUAUGGCUGAAGUGGUUCCUGCUUUAGAGGCUUCGAUACGCUCUGCAAUAGGCCUCCCGUCGAAAGUGGGCUGCAGCAGAGUCUUAGUAAUUCUCAGUUCUAAGCAAGUACUAUUUAAGCCCUACGCAGCUCGGUUUAUCCGUAUUUUGAGGAAACUGGUGUUAGACAGGAAUGAAACUGUUAGCGCAUCCUACAGUUCUACUAUCGGUUACCUUACUCGCUUGGCUAGCAAUGAAGAUGUCCUGGAUACCAUCAAGUUUGCAAAAUCACUCUAUUUCGAAUCGGAAGAUACAGCACACCGCAUUGUUGCUGGUGAAAUCAUGAAUUCCAUGUCCAAAUUGGCGAACGAUAGAGUUCAAGCAGUUGCAGCGGCCUUCUUACCCUUUAUAUUCCUCGGAAUGCACGAUACUACAGAUGAGGUUAAGGAAUUCUUUACCAAGACAUGGAAUGAUAAUGUGAGCAGCUCUAGAGUUAUUUCAUUGUACCUUGAUGAAAUACUCGACCUUGUUUCAACAAAGUUGGACUCCCCCCAAUGGCCAAUCAAGCACGCAUCUGCGCUUACUGUCGCCAAAGCAGUCCUUUCCAUUGACAAGAAUAUGGAUAUUCCGACGGCGAGAUCUCUCUGGCCACACCUUGAGAAGGCACUUGAAGGGAAAACUUGGGACGGGAAAGACAAAGUUCUGGAGGCCUUUGUUAAGUUUUCGAGUCUUUCCAAGGAGUUCUUGAAGGAGCAAAGUGACAUCAAGGAUCGCAUGAAGACCAUUGUCAUCCGAGAGGCCAAACGGAAGAAUGUUGACUACAGACCUCAUGGACUAAAAGGGCUUGGGCAAUUUGCUAGGAAUUUAGAGGAUCUUGAUAUGACGAAAGAAACCCUGGCUAUAGUAUCCCCUGUUUUUGAGGAGAUGGUCGAAGAAGUAAAAGGUGAUAAGAUGGAUAUCGAUUCGAAAGACAGCAGAGUACCAAACAUUGAAGACAAAACAUUUAUUGCAGGGAUAGAGUGUCUGUAUAAUGUUGCAAACCCCAACAUUUCAUCGUCAGUUCUCGGUCAUUAUCUUGCUGGUAUGUCAUCCGUAAUCAAGCCGGUAAUUACACAUUCCGGAAGAUCCGUAUACCCUACUUUAUUUGAUUGUGUCAAGGACCUUUUCAAUCGCGUCGAUGAACGCCUUCUCAGUGGCAGGAAGGAGGAUAGUGGUUCGACACCUAUGUUCCUAGACAAGGAACUUGCAUCAACUCUGUUCAAAGAACAUGAGUUUUUGUUCCAGGACAUCGAUCUACCCAUCGAGAGUGUGAGAAGCAAAUUUGCCCAGGCAGUUUUGGCGUACGUCAAAAUCUUGAAGAAGAGUUCUUUGCCACUCGACACCUCCCAGAAGUGUGCGAUCGAGAAGUGGAAGGCCAAUGAGCGGUCUGAAUCAGUUAAAGCUGUCUGGCACGAGAUUCUUGAGCAGGUGUAA